AUGCAGGUGAAGAAGAAAUGGCAUAUAUUGACUCUCUUCCUUUUGCUUAUAACCUCGAGCCAGUGCAUGGACAGCAAGGAGGUCAAGCAGAAAGAGAGACGGACCCUUUUGGACCUAAUCUUACAGGUUAUAAGAGAUAGCCAGCAGCAGCGAGACAAAGGCGUCUCCAAACGCUGCAGCAGUGGACUUUACACUGCACCCCAAGACAUGAAGUUCUCCUCCCGCGAAAAGCCUUUCUAUGUUCCUAGGCUGGAUAACAGUAGACUCAUAGAAAUUGUUCCUAGAGAUAUAAAUAUGAAAGGCAAAUUCAUUCAACACUUUACAGGACCAGUCAAGUUCUCUUCGGAGUGCAGAACACAUUUCCACAGACUUUAUCACAACACAAGGGAUUGCUCAACACCAGCAUUUUACAAAAGAUGUGCAAGAUUACUAACGCGGCUAGCAAUGAGCCCACUCUGCAUGCAAUCAUAGAAGUUGCAUAUUCCAUUUUACAGAAGAGGGAUCAAUGUGUUGCCAAGAAAAGUGCCUUCAAAUCCACGACAUUACUACCAUUGUCCAAUAGUGUUUCUAUUUUCUACUUUCUGAAAAUACUUGUUUUUGUGUGGAUUUUUUUUAUUUUAUGUACCAUUUAAUUUUAAGAUAAUUUAAUAU